UCUCUGCGUGGCGGCUUCCGGUGUCCGUCCGUCUGCAGGAGGAUGGCGUCCGGCUUCACCCAACACAUCCCCUCCACCUCCACCACCAGUCCUCCAUAGCCCCCUAAAAAAAAACACACCGAAGAUUGUCGACUACGAGGCUUGGAUGCAAGAAAAAAGGACGCUCGGGUGUUUACGGCUAUCUCUGAGGACGUGUGUAAUCACAGAAAAAGCACUCGGCUCCUCUCUCUGUGUGUUUUCUGGUUAGACUUUAAAAACCACAUCCAUCGUCUUAAGUUGGGCACUGAAACUCCCCGCACAUCUCCUGCGCACUGAAUCCCUGCAUGCGAAGUGGAAGGAUGACGGAGGCGUGGCAGCAGCAGCAGCAGCAUGCAGUGGCUCCACCUUCUGUAGUGCACACGCUCCCCCCAGGGGCCGACAACCCUCUGGGCUGCACUGUGUAUGGAGUCGUCCUGCAGCCAGAUACCUCGCUGCAGCAGACCCAGCAUGGCCAGCAGCACGCUGUGCAAGCCCAGCAGCCCUCCUUGCAGGUAGGGGGCGAGAGAGGGCACAAGUGUGGAGCCUGUGGCCAUGAUAUAUCUCACCUGGCCAACCCUCAUGAGCAUCAGUGCAUGGUGAACCAAGACCGAUCCUUCCAGUGCACGCAGUGUAUGAAGAUCUUCAGCCAGGCGACGGACCUCCUGGAGCAUCAGUGUGUGCAGGUGGAGCAGAAGCCGUUCGUGUGCGGCGUGUGUAAGAUGGGCUUCUCGUUACUCACGUCUUUGGCGCAGCAUCACAACUCGCACGGCAACGGCAACAACCCGAUGAAGUGCUCCAUCUGUGAGAAGACCUACCGACCCGGCUCUGGAAACGUCACCCCGACCUCGUCGGCUGCCAAUCCCCAGCAGCCCUCCACCGGUGAGACGUCCGGUGGCGGUGCGGCCAUCAGUGCCUCGUCUCCUCCUACGUUUGAGGCCUCUGCACCCGACAGGCCAUACAAGUGCUCCGUGUGCCAUAAAUCCUUCCGGCAUUUGUCAGAGCUGACCCGCCACGAAAGAGUACACACUGGUGAGAAGCCAUACAAAUGUGACACAUGUGAUAAAAGCUUCAGCCAGUCUUCCCACCUGGCGCACCACCAGCGUACGCACAGUUCUGAGCGGCCGUACAAGUGCGCUGUGUGCGAGAAGAGCUUCAAGCACCGCUCUCACCUCGUACGGCACAUGUACGCUCACUCGGGCGAGCACCUUUUCAAGUGUAAUUUGUGUGAGAUGCACUUUAAGGAGUCAUCUGAGCUCUUGCACCAUCAAUGCCAGCCAGAAGGGGAACGGCCUUUCCGCUGCGGCUCCUGCGGAAAGAGCUUCAAGCGCCCGUCUGACCUGCGGCAGCAUGAACGCACCCACUCAGAGGAGCGACCUUUCCAGUGCGAGGAGUGCCAGAUGAGCUUCAAGCAGCAGUACGCCCUCGUUCGCCACCGGCGUACUCACAAAAACCCGGCCGAUCGCCCUUUUAAGUGUAACCUGUGCGAUAAAGGGUUCCUGCAGCCAUCCCACCUGCUCUACCACCAGCAGGUUCACGGCAUGGAGAGUCUGUUCAAGUGUGCGUCCUGCCAGAAGUCGUUCAGCCAGUCGGGAGAACUGCUGCGGCACAAAUGCGGCGGCGAAGUGGAGAAGCCCUACAAGUGUGACGUGUGUGGCAAAGGAUACAAAAAGAAUUCAACUCUGCAGCGCCACCAAAACUCGCACUGCACAGAGAAGCCGCUGAAGUGCUCGCUGUGCGACAAGCGCUUCGUGUCGUCCUCCGAGUUCGUUCAGCACCGCUGCGACCCGACCCGCGAGAAGCCGCUGAAGUGUCCCGACUGUGAAAAGCGCUUCAGGUACUCGUCGGAGCUGCAGCGCCACCGCCGCGUUCACACCGGGGAGAAACCUUUCAAGUGCGCCAGCUGCGACAAGAGUUUCAAGCAGCGCGAGCACUUGGCCAAGCAUCAGAGCGUGCACUCGCGGGAGACGCAGUUUAAGUGCGUGUGGUGCGGCGAGCGCUUUGUCGACCUCACGGCGCUGCAGGAGCACACGGUGCAGCACACCGCCGAAGGGGAGAGUUUCCCCGAAGCUCCCUGCAUCCCAUGAAUUACACUGCUCUGUCAGUCCAUGGGGCAGCAGACAUGACAUUCGCCCUGAAAGUAACGUGUGCCAGCCUCCGCUCUCCCAUUUCUAGUUUCUAACAUGCACCCGCUAAUUAUGUUUAAUAAUUUUUAGUAAGUUAAGACUUUAAAUCAUCCUCAUUGUUCUUUGAGUAAAAAGGCAAAACACCCUAAAAUCGAUAGGAGGGAUUAGGAACCCUUUAUUUAGUUUCAAACUAUAAAAAACUUGAACAGAACUGAAUGAAAAAAGGCUUGUGAUGUAAAAAUGUGGCAAGAUCUUGAUUUUGUUUAGUACUGAGUGUUGGGACCUUCUUCUGUGGUUGCAUGUGAUCGUCUGUUUUUUGUAACUGUUGAUUCUGUUGUUGAGAAAGUCGGCGAGAACCUCCAGACAGUCGUCGGAUACGUACGUGUGUGUGCUCAUGUGUAAAACUCCUCUAAAAAUCCAUGUGCCUUUUUUUUUUUUU